AUGCUCUUCAAUACCUUGUUGGUAAUCGUCCUCUCCGUGUCAGGAGAAUACUACUGUGAGGCAGAGAAUGGGAUUGGGAGAGACACCUCUCCUCCUAACGAUCCUGAUGUGCAGUAUCCUCCUAAGAGCGUCAUAGUAUCAGUGCCCCCCUCUGGUGAAAUAGUGGAGGGCAGUUCAGUGACUCUGACCUGCAGCAGCGAUGCCAACCCACCAGUGCAGAACUACACCUGGUAUAAGAAUAAUAGAGCUGUCUCCUCAGAGACAGGAGGCCCAGAGGACAGGUACACCAUUAAAAGCAUCACACUGCAGGACGCAGGAGAAUAUAUCUGUGAGGCAGGGAAUGGGAUUGGGACAAAAACAUCUCCUCCUAUUCGUCUUGAUGUGCAAUAUCCUCCGAAGAGCGUCUCAGUAUCAGUGAGCCCCUCUGGUGAAAUAGUGGAGGGCAGUUCAGUGACUCUGACCUGCAGCAGCAGCGAUGCCAACCCACCAGUGCAGAGAUACACCUGGUAUAAAAAUAAUAGAGCUGUAUCCCCAUGGGGAGGAUCAGACCGGAGUUAUACCAUUCAUAGAAUCACACUGCGGGAUGCAGGAGAAUACUACUGUGAGGCAGAGACUGCGAUUGGGAGAAACAGAUCUCCUCCUAAAAGUCUUGAUGUGCAAUAUGAUGCCCUAACCACACCACCCCUCCACAUCACACUGUGA